AUGAAUGUAAUUUGUGUUAUUAUUUCUUUAAAACCUACAUUGUUGUAAUAUUUUAAUCAUUAAUCCUCAUAUUAAUAACCCAAUCAACAAAUGGUUACUUUUCUUAAUCAAACUUUGGGAUUAAUUGAAAUACCCAAAUAAUUUACAUAUAUAUAUUAAUAUUUAUUAUUAUUGACUAAUGUCCAAAUCAUCUAAGUCCAGUCGGAGCAGUCCAUCCAAGAGUUAACAUCAGAGCCCAAGUCCAAAAUCGAAAUCAAAUUCACAUCCAAAUUAAGGUUAAUCACACAUCAUAUAUCAACAUUCAAAAUACCUCACUAUCAACUACUUCAACAUUAUCAACAUCUAGAAAAAUUAUGCCUCCAUGUCUCCAAUCUGUCCAAGAGAGUUACCGAUGCCGAGUUGAAGGAAACCUUCGAGAAGUAUGGCCAAAUUGAAUAUGCCGCUGUCUGCAUGGAGCCCCGAAGCAAGGGCCCUGGCAAAGUAUCUAGAGGUUUCGGAUUCGUUAAAUUUGCCAAAAAGGAAAGUGUCCAAAUAGCACUAGAGGCAAUGCAAGACAAAGAAUUGCAUGGAUCGAAAAUUAAAGUGGAAGUUUCGAAAAGAGCUGAGCCAAGAAGAAAGACCCCAGGUCGUUAUGCUGGUUAUGCCUAUCGUCGCUCUCGAUCUAGAUCACAUAGAAGAAGAAGAUCUAUAUCAUCUGACUCUUACUCAAGUAGUCGUAGAAGACACCAUAGGCAUUAAAUUAUUAUAUAUUAUCAGUCGUCGACGACACUAUAAAAGAAGAUCACUUUCAAAAUCCCCUUCAAGAAGUCCAAGUUAGAGUCACAGAAGGAGAAGAAGAUGAACAAUUAGAUAAUAUUUCAAAUUAUCACAAAAUAAUUUUAUCUUUUAUAUUUGUACUCUUCUUCCGAUAUUUUAUAUAUUUAGAUGAGUUUAUCAGUUCUAUACUAUCAUUUUUGA